CAGGAGGAACCCGCGGGAGAGCAGCUCCGAGGCCCCGUGUCGCAGCCGCUGCAGCCCGUGCGCCCGGCGAUCCCGCGCGCCAUGGCCAAGGAAGGCGUGGAAAAGGCGGAGGAGACGCAGCAAAUGAUCGAGAAGGAGGCCGGCAAGGAGCCGGCGGAAGGCGGCGGCGGCUCCCACCGCCUCGGGGACGCCCAGGAGAUGCGCGCAGUGGUGCUGGCCGGCUUCGGGGGGCUCAACAAGCUGCGGGUCACCAGGAAGGCCAUGCCAGAGCCGCAGGACGGCGAGCUCAAGAUCCGCGUCAAAGCCUGUGGUUUGAACUUCAUUGACUUGAUGGUGCGACAAGGGAAUAUUGACAACCCUCCCAAGACGCCUCUGGUGCCAGGAUUUGAGUGUUCUGGGAUUGUUGAAGCUCUGGGAGACAGCGUGAAAGGAUACGAGAUUGGUGAUCAUGUCAUGGCCUUUGUCAAUUACAAUGCCUGGGCAGAGGUGGUCUGCACACCAGUGGAGUUCGUCUAUAAGAUACCAGAUGACAUGAGCUUCUCUGAGGCUGCUGCAUUCCCCAUGAACUUCGUCACAGCCUACAUGAUGCUCUUUGAAGUGGCCAACCUCCAGGAAGGGAUGUCUGUGCUCGUGCACUCGGCUGGUGGUGGUGUGGGCCAAGCUGUGGCUCAGCUGUGUUCCACCGUCCCCAAUGUGACUGUCUUUGGAACGGCUUCUACAUUCAAGCACGAAGCAAUCAAAGACUCUGUGACCCACCUGUUUGACAGAAAUGCAGACUAUGUGCAAGAAGUAAAAAGAAUCUCUGCUGAAGGUGUGGACAUCGUUUUGGAUUGCCUCUGUGGGGACAACACUGGAAAAGGUCUCAGCCUUCUCAAACCACUGGGAACCUACAUUUUAUAUGGUUCAUCCAACAUGGUGACCGGGGAGACCAAGAGCUUCUUUAGCUUUGCAAAAUCAUGGUGGCAGGUGGAGAAAGUGAAUCCCAUCAAGCUGUAUGAAGAGAACAAAGUCAUUGCGGGGUUUUCUCUUUUAAAUCUGCUCUUCAAACAGGGCCGUGCAGGCCUCAUCCGAGGAGUGGUGGACAAACUCAUAGGGCUCUAUGAUCAGAAGAAGAUCAAGCCCGUCGUUGACUCCUUAUGGGCCUUGGAGGAGGUGAAGGAGGCCAUGCAGAGGAUCCAUGACCGAGGGAACAUUGGCAAGUUAAUUCUGGAUGUAGAAAAGACCCCGACUCCACUGAUGGCCAACGACAGCACAGAGACCAGCGAGGCGGGAGAGGAGGAAGAGGACCACGAGGGCGACAGUGAGAACAAAGAGCGGAUGCCCUUUAUCCAGUAACCCAGGACCCAGGCAGGAGAACAUGAAGAUGGUUUGGAAGAAGAAGACCAGGCUGAGAAAGCUCUUCUGUGCCCCAGUGAACAAAUACUGUAGUCCAAUGCGUGUUGUGUUUGUCUGCAGUCAGCUGAGCUAAAAAGCUGUUGAUCACUGUUGUUUUUUGAAUUUAAGUGCCAGUCUCAUUCCAUGCAGUAUUAUGUCCCUCCCCCUCUGUGUAUGACACCCUCCCUCUC